AUGGCGCUCAAACUCCAUGAAUUGAGAAGCGACGAUGAGUUCGCGAAGAUCGUCGACGUCGAAAAUGCAGGUUACGCUGACCCCUUUAAUGGCUUCUGGGAGAUCUUGAAAGGCCCUUCGCCAGAAGAGCUUGCUUCCCGGCAAGCACUAUGGCAUCGCCAUGAUCCCGGCAGCCACUGGCUCUACGUUACUGACGAGGAGACUGGUGAGGCCAUUGGUGCUAUGGAAUGGAAUGUCUACGAGACGAAUCCAUAUGAAGCGGGUCCUCCAGUUCUCGUGGCAGAUUGGUGGCCCGAAGGUACUUUGAAAGAGUUGUCGGACAAUGUUAUCGCCGUCUUCUUGAAAGAUCGACCGAAGAUCAUGGGCAGACCCCAUUUCCUGAUCAGCUACUGCGUCGUACGUCCCGGACAUCGGCACCGUGGGGUUGCAAGCAUAAUGAUGAAGUGGGGUCUGAAGAAGGCGGAUGAAAUGGGUCUCGAGAUAUUCGUCGAGUCAACUGAAGAUGGAGAAGGCUUCUAUAAGGCUCAUGGGUUCGAAGUCAUCGACAAUCUGCUGCUGGACGCUGAGAUACCCGAGCCCAGCGAAGAGUUCACCGCGCUGAGGAAGAAGCUGCUACCCGUGCCUGGCUUCGUGAUGUUACGGCCCGUCGGAGGAAAGAAAGCUUAG